GCAUGAAAUGUAGGCAGCACAACGAUCGUAAAAAAAAAACUCAACAAAAAAAAGUACUAGGCAGGAAAGUAAAUGGCGUCUCAAGUUGUUUUUUAUUCGAUAACAGUGUGUUUCUAAUCUCACUGUGUCAUUUAAAAUGUUAUCGUGUCAGUAGUAACAAUUUAUUAGCUACCAUUGAUGUUUCAUUGACGAUUAGUGCUUAAAUAGUCGACGUUUCACCUUUUGCCGUGAAACAAUGGCGUCGGACGAUUCCAUGGAAUCCCACGUAAAAGUUGACGAAAAUGGUGAUUUCGCGGACGAUUCCAGUAAUGCGUGCAGCGACACGGAAACCGGCGAGGGUUCCAAGCGUCGUCGAGUGACACACGAUUAUCGAAAACUUUCGAAAUUGGGAUACGAUCCAAGUGUGCCAACUAAUUUGAAACACGCAUCCACUGUUGAUUCCAAAGGAAGAAAGCGUAAACGGAGCAGUGAAUGUCAAGAACUGUGCGUGUGGGGAGAGAACUCGCGACCGGCGAAAUACAGCAAGAUAUGGCCGGUAUUCGACUCUGGAGGAUUUGGCGAUACAUCUGUGUUAACAAUGCACAUUGUCCAUAAAACACGAGCGAUGAGAAACCCAUUACUAUUUAUAGAAGACGAUUUGAAUAUCAAUGACAUUGAUUGGUUUGGAGGCAUCAACACAUCUUGGAAACAAACUCAGUUGUCAAACACCAUACCUCAAGACGAUAUAACAAAGCGUUUAUACUCAUCUGUAUCGAGGCAACUAAAAAUAAUCAACACACACUUCCAAAGGUCCAUGUUCAGAUAUAAGUACCCGAAAGUCACAAGGGCAAACAUACUUUUGGAGUCAAAAUCGAGGCGUUUAACCACCCAUUUCAGUAUGUCGGUUAAAGCCAUAAAGUUCCAAUCGACGCCGAGAAGAGAGCUACCGUGUUACGGAAACUUAGAGUUGCCAUUGAAAAUGAAACAGGAAAAUGUCACUUCGCAGUUUUAUCCUGCUAUCAGAAAUGUUAAAAGCGAGCAGGAGAAAGUCAGCGAUGUUAAAGUGAAGUUAGAAAGGGAAAUUGUGAAGUAUGAGGGAGAAAAAGAAAGGAGUAAGGAUAGAGAAAGAGAGAGGGACAGGUCAUCUCACUCGUCACGCCAUUCGUCCUGCCAGCAGUGCAGGAGACGGGCGCGAGUCAAGCGAUGUUCCAUCGGGGUACAGUGCCGCAGGGAGAAGGAAAAAAAUGGGCCGGUGUGGGGUACAGUGGCACACAGCCUGGACUUUAAGGGACUCAAGUAUCACAGGUUAAUGCGCGUCGAGACACAUCCGAACGGUGGCGCCAGCGUUGUUUACUUGUACCAGCACGACAUCGAUAUGCUGAGUCCCACUCAGCAGGAGUCGCUCGCUAAGGAGUUCCUGAAGCUGGUAUUCUCCGAGGACAGCGACGGUUGGGCCCACUUCGUGUGUGGGGUGGUACGCGGCGCUGCUGCGAGGCUACCGUGUCUUCUGCAGUACCUAUCCGACCAACACCCCACCCUGACGGUGAAGGCGGGGGUGUUGGCGCGCGCUUCCGAUAUCGAGACCACGACCAUCAGCAGAUAUUACCAGCAGGUGCAACAGUCCUACGCAGCGGGCACGUUUCGGUGUGGCCCACUCCAUCAGAUCUCUCUGGUGGGCACAGUGCACGAGGAGGUCGGUGGUUACUUCCCGGACAUGCUGAAUAUGCUGUCCGAGUGCCCGUACCUCAAUCUGACAAUGCCCUGGGGGCCGAUGUCAGCUGUUGAAAUGGACCCCAAGGAGUCAAAUGACGGACCCAUACUGUGGAUCAGGCCGGGGGAACAAUUGGUGCCCACCGCUGAACUUGGGAAGAGCCCUAUCAAGAAGAGAAGGACGGGUAUGAACGAGCUUCGUAACCUGCAGUACUUGCCGCGUUGGAGCGAGGCGCGCGAGUUCCUCUUCGAGGACCGAACGCGCGCGCACGCAGACCACGUGGGGCACGGCCUUGACCGGAUCACGACCGCUGCUGUCGGUGUUCUGAAAGCAAUUCAUUGUGGUGACGAGUCAGACCGAGGAAGGAUUACCAAGGAUGUGGUGGCUUUCCACGCUGGUGAUUUCAACAAACUCGUCCAACUAUUGCAGCUCGACUUAUAUGAACCACCUAUCUCACAGUGUGUCACUUGGCUAGAAGAAGCGAAACUCAACCAACUUCGCCGAGAAGGGGUACGCUACUCGAGACUACCGUUGUGCUCCGAUGAUGUCUACUUUUUGCCUAGAAACAUUAUCCAUCAAUUCAGGACCGUAUCUGCGGUUACUUCUAUAGCUUGGCAUCUAAGGCUGAAGCAGUAUUAUCCAUCAUCAGAAGCCUCAUCUCCGGCGGAUGAACGUCCUCCACCAGAUCAGAGCCAACCAAUCACCAGUCACACUGAAACUAAGAAAUCGACAAAACAUAAGGACGGCGUUAUAGAAAUGAGAGCUCUAAGCUCAAAAUUCAAAGAAAAAUCGGCAUUGAAAAUAUCUGAAAACAGAAAGAGUAUAGAUGUUCAAACGAAAGAGAAAACUGAUGAAAAAAAAGAAAGGCGAACAGAUAAGACAGAGAAAGACAAACAUAGACACAGAACUGACAAAUCUGAAAACCGUACUGAAAAGGUAGAUAAAUCAACAGAAAAACUAGACAAGCCAUCAGAAAAGUUAGACAGAUCAGAGAAAUUGGAGAUUAAAUCAUCAGACAAGGAAAAUAAAUCUGACAAAAUCGAAAGAACCGACAAAGAAAGGCACUUGGAUAAUCGGACAGAUAAAUCCGAUGUUAAAACCAAUGACAAACACGACAGAUCAUCAGAAAAAUCCGAUAAAACAGAUCGAACAGACCGACCUGACAUUCGUCAACCUGACAAAUCUGAUAGAGCAGAAAAACCGGACAGAACAGACCGCAAAUCCGAAAGCAGAACUGAAAAAGAGAAUAGAACAGUGGAAAGGUCAGAAAAGUUUAAUCGGUCGUCGGAUAAAUCACACGAUAGUCACAGGCGGCAUUCAUCAUCGCGACACAGAUCACACCAUAAAUCUGAUAGAUCCAGAGAUUACAAAGACUACAAAAAGGAUCACAAGGGAUCCGAUGAGAAAAAAUACGAGAGGCACAGGGAUAAAGAAGUGAAGGAGGUGAAAGAAAUGAGGGAAGUGAAAAGUGUCACAGAGUCAAAAGUGCAAUGUGAAAAGUUACCACAAGUGGUCCACCGGCCUCCAGAUUAGUUGUUUGUGAUUAGAGACAUGGUCUGUGCUUAGUGUACGCUUUUUGCGAUUUAUGUACCUUGUGAGGGUAGGUAUACAUUGGUUUUUAAAAUUAUUUUCGUUAAUUAUUAACAAGACCACCAAUCCCACCAUUGUGGCAUUGCAGACAAAACUUAUUUGUUAACAACAACAUUAACACAGUUUUACAAUAUGUUGAACAUCUUGCCAAUAUUAAACUAAAGAAAAAAAUAUAUUUGUAGGUUGAUUUAAAUUGUUGUAUUAAAAAGGCUUAACAUAAAUAAGUUUGAAAAAAUAGCUUCCCCUGGCCCGCAUACCUCCUUAUGUGGGGUCCGCACAACAUAUUAUUGUGUUACUCAAACUUGAAGACGGAUUUGAUUUAGUUUUGGCAUAUUUUUCUUUACAACCGAUGACAUCACUUGUACAAUAAUAUAAGUGAUGUCUUUAAAAUAUAUGUUUGUUUACUGCCAAAUAUAACAAUAAUUAUGGUGGUUUGUACAAUAAUUGAUGAAUCUUUUAUAUAAGGUUAGUAAUAUGGUUAAGUAUUAUCACGUUUUAUGCUAAAGUUACACUAAACUUGAUUGACACAAUGAAAAAAAUUAUCCAUUUCACGUGAAUGAUAAUAUAAAUUAUGGCAUUCAUUUUCAAUCUAUAUAGUGUCUAUUCAGAGAAACAAAGGUCAAUCUAUUAAUAUCAGAAAAUUAUUAACGUUAAGUGACCAUUUACAAAUAGAAAGUAGUACAAUGCCUGAUUUAGAUAAAUCUGCUUAAAAAGUUUAAGCAGACAAUUUUUUGCUCAUCCUGCUUUCACACACAAGCUACUUAAAAGUACUAUAUCUUUAAAAAUCCCACCCUAUUUAAAAUCAAAAUUUUGUUACAUACAAAAAAAAUAUGGGUCCAAUAACUGAAAAUCAUUAUUUUAGUCUGUUAGAAAUAUUACAGCCUUUUUUGGUAUUCUCUUUAGUAUAAGGGGAUUUUUUUAUAUGUGUCAAUUGAGGCUGAUGGUACCACGUUUUCGUGAGUUUUAAAGUAUAAAUGCCGAGCGCUAACACGGAAUGCGCGUAUUUCCCUACCGUCGCUAGUUGUAGCUGAUACCUUACUCAUAGAUAAAUGGGAAGCCCUAAACAUCCUGUAAUAUUAAAAAAUAUUACGGGAUGACAUGCUGCAAGUUUUACCAACAUAAGAUACCUAAUAAACUGACCUUUUUGUAAGGAUUAAUAUUUUAUACCUAAAAAUGACCUUUAGAAAAACUUUUAAUUUUUUUUUACGUUAUAAAUUGCAUUAUUGUGGUUCUAAAAUGUACUGGUAAUAGAAUUAUUGACGGUGCGCCUUUAUUAUGUACCUAAAUUGUUUUAAAUAUGUUUUUAGUAAAACAGCGUCACCUCUCCUUAACGCGCGAGACAUUUUUUUUAAACUAUUUAAAAAGGGUAUAUGUCCAGAGGAGCGACAAAAAAACGCGGUACCAUUAACUUAGCUUUUGUUUAGUGAUAGCUUUGUGUAUAUUAACAAUAUUGUCUGAUUUUGAAAUGUUUAGAAUACAUUGUUAUUCUUUUUUAAGGGAUGGUAUUUUUUUUUAUUAACAAAUAUGUUCCUAAAUCAACAACAUACAUGAUAUAAACUAGUUUAUCCUCAAUCAAUAUUGAUUUAUUAUAAAGAAAACCUUAUUGGAUUUACUAAAACAAAUAUUAUGUCUAUAGAAUUGAAAUAAGUACUAUAAACAACAUUGAUCUCUAUUACAACCGCACAAGGUUCAAAACAUUUCAAAAAGCUCACUAAGUAUCAAAUUGGUACAGUAGGUUAAUUACCCCCUGUAAAUACUAGGGUUAAGAGUCUCGUAGAGGCUAAGCAAAGAAUGAUUGAACACGCAGUUUUAGAUUAUACCCCACUAAUUUUCUUUUAUCAUUUAAACCAGUGAUUUUUGUUUACUUUUGUUUAGUUUUAUGCCCAUUCUUUCAGUAUUAUCAAGACCACAUUAGCGUGAUACAUGUUGAAUCAAUUAAAAUCGUACUUAUUAGUACUAUACUGACACCAGCAAAGUUGUCUCACAGAUGAGGGUUUCUUAGAUUGUUUUACAAUGUAAAAUGCUAUUGAACCCCAUUAUAAUAUAAUAUAUUUUUAGGACAUGUAUUUUAUUAUAUGGUUAAGUUGUAUAAUUAUAAAUUAGUCCAGUAUUUGGCAUAAAGAUUUUAACAUUUUUAUCUUUCCUUUUUGUUGUCCAAAUCUAAAACUGCGUCCUGAAUGUGAUGUAAAAGUUUUAACGAAGUCGAAGUUUAUAAUGAAUAAUAAUAAUAAUAAUAAUAAUAAAUAAAUUUUAAGAGGAACAUAAAUUAAAAAUAUCCACACAUAUUUCUAAUGAACGUGCACUAAAAGCGUCUUCACGUUAUCUGGUCUGACGUGAUAUCAAAUAUAUUAAUAUUGUGUGACAUAUGCACAUCUGUGUUUUACAUUGUUUGCAAAAAUAUUAACCACACUUAUGCUUUAUGGUAGAUUCACACUUCCCUUAUGUGCUCUGUACGAAAUGUACAAAUUUAAAUUUUGGUUGGGUUAUAAUUGACGUCCUUUUUAAGCUAUGUCAUAAUUGUUUUUGUUUAGCCUGUUUACUGAGGAUGGUUAGAACUCUGAAUUAAUUUACGCUACUUGUAUAACGCAUAGCGCAUAGAGUGAAAUUGUUAGUAUAGUUAAUAAAACCUUGACUGACAAGCAAA